CUCAAACCGCGUCGCAGUUCUGGCCUAUAAUGCUCAAGCCCUAGCUUGGAACUGUGAUGUUUUCGUUUGUCACUUGGAUCUUUGUGUUUCGGGGUCUUCCGCUGUCUGUGUCGCGGUCUGAGCACUUCAGAUACACACAGCUGACGCUGCCUUAAUCGUUUUGUUUUUGGUAUCAGGUGGGCUCAACUUAGUGAUUAGCCGAGCAUUAGGAUCUGAUUAAGGUGUUGGAGGCUUGAAGGGUUUGUGAGAAUGAGUGGUAAUCCAUAUGCCCACUAUGACAAUCAAGGGGUGCCUGGAGGCGCUGCGGCGUAUGGACAGGCUCAUCCGACUUCGUCUCCUAGUGGAUCCGGAAGAGGAGGUGCUAUGGAAUAUUUGAACAAGUGGGGAAAACAGGCCGAGAGUAUUGCAGGCAGCUUCUGGGGUCACAUUAAGACAAGUAAUUCUAUCCCAGAUACUGCUAUUGGGAGGAUAACUCAUGGGACCAGGUUGCUGAUGGAAGGGGGCUUUGAAGGCGUGUACAAACAAACAUUCGGAAACUUUGUCCCAGGUGAAACGCUAAAAAAAACAUACGCAUGCCAUCUUUCUACAUCGAAUGGUGCUGUCGGUGGCACGCUGUAUAUCACCAAUAAAAAGUUUGCCUUCUGCAGUGACCGGGAGUUGACGUACUAUCCCACCCCUGGCCAGGCGGCCUCCAGUUAUUACAAGGUUAUCGUACCAUUAGAGAAUGUAAGGGAGGUUAUAUCAGUUGCGAACGCAAAGAAGCCAACUGAUAAAUACAUUCAGGUGGUGACGACAGAUGGACAUGAGUUUUGGUACAUGGGGUUCGUCAACUACGACAAGGGAAUAAAGAAUAUGCAGGAGGCUGUCCGGUUGGCUCAUAGCCACGGCAAUUUCUCUGGGGGUUCAAUGCCGGCCGGAGCAGUUCCGUAUCCUCCUCCAAUGAGUGGCACUUCCUCACCAGUAUACCCUCCUCCGCCGGGUUACCCUAAUGCGCCACAGCCACCGCCACCAGGGUACCCUCCAGCUGCAAAACCUGGAUAUCCUCCAGCUUAGUUUUCUAGUCAAGCCCUACACUAGAAUUUGGAUCAAUGUAAAAUUCUGUUGAGUCAUAGGUAUAUAAGACUGUUGCUUAAAUUUGCUUUUGUUCUAGUAAAGGUGAAUGUAUGACUUUCAGUAGAUAAGGUAAAUUCCAGAUUGCUAGCAGAUGUGCUCAUGCCUGAUGUUAAUUUGCGUAACAGCUGGGAUUGGAAGUCGAUGUUGCUUCGAUUAGACUCUGCUCACAAUUUGCAGCAUUGUGAACAUGAUGUAAACUAUCAAUUUACGCAAUCGGAUUCUCACAAGUCAGAUGUGAUUGGCAAAAGAGGGCAGUGCAAUUUUUUGCUGGGGAAAUGACAGGUGGGUAAGCCACCGUAGCGUAGCGUGCAGGGAAACUGUUCUCAAUAGGAACCUAUGCAUGGUGCUCAAAAUUCUGAAGUAAUAUGCGGCUCUUUCCAUUGACA